GGGGAAGAAGCGUGUUAGCUGUAAAACCUCCUGCUUCUGUUCCAGGUGUGCUUCCCUGUUCCUGCCCAGGAGCUCGAGGAACAGCACAGGACCCAGUUUCAGCAGCUUGGCUACAUCUCCUCUUCUGUCAGAGGCCCCGCUGCUGCCGGUCAGCCGGGAAAUGAGGUGCUGCUGCCUGAUAAAGUGGCAUUUGCCCUGGAGGCGUUGAAAUGAAUCUGUGGCAGCUGCAAAGCCUGUGCCAAUCUUUGCCUUCUGCUGCUGCAAGAGCCAGGACCUGCACCAAAAACCCUAACGUGCCAGAGGAGUACACGUGCCUGUGGCAGGAGUGCGGCUUCUGCUCCCCCGAGAGCCCGGCCGACCUGGUGCGCCACGUCUACUUCCACUGCUACCACACCAAGCUGAAGCAGUGGGGGCUGCGCGCCCUGCGGGCCCAGCCGGACGUCAGCCGCUGCCAGCUGGACUUCCAGAGCCGCAACAUCAUCCCCGAGAUCCAGGAGAACUUCCUCUGCCUGUGGGAGUACUGCGAGAGGUCGUUCGAUAAUCCCGAGUGGUUCUAUCGGCACGUGGAGGACCACAGCUUCUGCUCGGAGUACAAGGCAGCCGGGAAGGAGAACCACGUGGUGCUCUGCGGCUGGAAGGACUGCGACUGCUCUUUCAAAGGGCGCUGCAAGCUGCGGGAGCACCUGCGCAGCCACACGCAGGAGAAGGUGGUGGCGUGCCCCACCUGCGGCGGGAUGUUCGCCAACAACACCAAGUUCUUCGACCACAUCCGCCGUCAGACUGCGCUGGACCAGCAGAGGUUUCAGUGCUCUCACUGCUCCAAGAGGUUCGCCACAGAGAGGCUGCUCCGCGACCACAUGAGGAACCACGUGAACCAUUACAAGUGCCCGCUGUGCGACAUGACCUGCCCGCUGCCCUCCUCCCUGCGCAAUCACAUCCGUUUUCGGCACAGCGAGGAGCGGCCGUUCAAGUGUGACUACUGCGACUACAGCUGCAAGAAUCUCAUCGACCUGAGGAAACACCUGGACACGCACAGCAAGGAGCCAGCCUACCGCUGCGAGUUCGAGGCGUGCAGCUUCACCGCGCGCUCCCUCUGCUCCAUCAAGCUGCACUACCGCAAGGUCCACGAGGUAGGGCCGUGCUCUCCAGAAGCACGAGACAAAAGAAAAAAAAAAAAAAACACGAAACGAAACAAAAAAAAAAACCCCACUAAAUCCCCACGCAGCCCCAGCCUGCAGGAGCGUGAGGGCAGGCUGCAUUUCUUUCUAGCUGCAGCGCUGCCUCGCGUCAGCGUCACAGAACCCGAUUCCUCCCUCCCUGCUCGCUCGCGGGGUAUUUACUGCUCAGGCUCGCGGGGCGGUUACGUCCCUCUCUCUGCCCUCCAGGGUGACUCGGAGCCCCGCUACAAGUGUCACGUCUGCGACAAGUGCUUCACGCGCGGGAACAACCUCACCGUCCACCUCAGGAAGAAACACCAGUUCAAGUGGCCCUCGGGGCAUCCCCGCUUCAGGUACAAGGAACACGAGGACGGCUACAUGAGGCUGCAGCUGGUGCGCUACGAGAGCGUGGAGCUGACGGAGCAGCUGCUGAAGGACAGGGAGAAGCGGGGGGAGGCGCUGGACGGCUCCCCCGACUGCGUGGUGCUGUCCGAAGGCGAGGGCAACCUGCAGGGCAUCAUCCUGGAGGCCCCCGCGGAGCCUUCCCCGGCUGAGAACCGCGCGUGUGAGCAGCGGGCGGCCCCGCUGCACGCCUCGGCUUGCUCUGCUGCCAGCCCCGAGGCAGCGCGGCCCGGCGCCUUCCCAGGAGCUCCUCCGGCCCCGGAGCGGGAGCCCGGCACCCCGGCCAGCCCCGUCGUCCGCGUGGCGAACCGGACCAACGAGCACGGGGAGAGCGAGACGGUGUAUUAUGUCGUGGCCAGCACGGCCGCCGAGGAGCGGCUGGCGGAGCCCGGCGGGCUGCCCGUGGAGCCGGAGGAGAACGUCAUGGACCGCCUGCAGAAGACGGCCGAGGAGCUGGGCAUCCAGAUCGUGUGAGCAGCUCGCCUGCCUCGCUGCCUCUGGAAGUCCGGGGCCUCCGCUGGGGUUCGGGGGGGGGAGUUGGGAAGUGCCCGGGGGAGAAAGGUCCGAGGUGUCUUCUCCCACGUGCCGCUGGCCGGCUUCCUACCCACCCGGGUGGCGUGGCAGGGGAGAGGGACCGGCCUCCCCUGGCUGCGGGUCACAAAAAUGAGCUGGAAAGAGCUCUCUCUUCGUUUCGGGGACUGGGGACCUCCCACGCCUCCGGGUUCGGUCUCAGCCUGACCCAGGUUCGCUCGCUGGUGCCGCGCCGAGCCCGGUCCUCAGCCGGGUUCUCCCCACGCAGGUGACGCGCGGCAGAAUCUCUUACCGGGGAGGCGUGAGGCCCUCUGCAGCCCUGUUCUCCCCCUACCUUGCGCUCCGGGGGCGGCGUGCUCCACGUCUGCCCUCAUCACCCGCUUCCCCGCACGUCGUCGUGCGCUGCUCAUCCCGUUACACUGCAGCGGUCUCGGGGCCGGGGGCGGGGAGGAGAGGGCUGCAGGUGCUCUCCCUCAGAGGCUUCUGCUCCCCUGCAGCACUGGGGGCUUGGAGCCUUCUUCGUGCUUCUCUUCUUCCCUGGGUUUCCUCCCCACGGUGGGGUUUGGGCUCCCGGUUGGGCGGCGUGCUUUGGAGAGACGAAUAAACGUCAGCGUGCCAGGCC